UUAUCUUCCUCUUCCUCCACUAAAUCUAUCUCUGAAGAAUCUAAAGCUCAUCCCUCACACACACACCCCAUAAGCCCUCUCCACUAAUUCCAGAGAAACCCUAAAAACAUCCGAAAACAGAGCGAUGUCGCUCACGAUCCCGACGAAUCUCGUUCUCAACCCGAGAUCCAACAAAUCUCUCACCCAAUCCGUACCUAAAUCCGCCGCGAGAUUCGUCUGCUCCGAUGACAAACCCGCGACGCAGAAUCAGUCCAUGAAAGCUUUCUCGGCGGCCGUCGCGCUCUCUUCCAUCCUCCUCUCAGCUCCGAUGCCAGCCGUCGCCGAUAUCUCAGGCUUGACCCCUUGCAAGGACUCGAAACAGUUCGCCAAGAGGGAGAAGCAACAGGUCAAAAAGCUCCAAUCUUCCCUUAAGCUCUACGCUCCUGAGAGUGCUCCUGCUCUUGCUCUUAAUGCCCAGAUCGAAAAGACCAAGCGCAGGUUCGACAACUACGGCAAGUACGGGCUACUAUGCGGCUCAGACGGAUUACCACACCUGAUAGUGAACGGAGACCAGCGGCAUUGGGGAGAGUUCAUAACUCCAGGCAUUCUCUUCCUCUACAUCGCCGGAUGGAUCGGGUGGGUCGGGAGAAGCUACUUGAUCGCCAUCAGCGGCGAGAAGAAACCGGCCAUGAAAGAGAUCAUCAUCGAUGUUCCUUUGGCUAGUCGCAUCAUCUUCCGUGGUUUCAUCUGGCCAGUUGCUGCUUACAGAGAGCUACUCAAUGGCGAUCUCAUUGCCAAAGAUGUUUAGACAAACCAAAAACCAAAAACAAAAACAUUCUAUAUUGCUCUGUUUUGCUUUGCUUCGCUUCUUCUCUGUUUUUUCCAUUGUAUGUAUUCAAUCUCUGGUUAACUCUUCCUACCGAACCGAAUAUCUCUGCAAUAUCGAAUACUUCUGAUUUGGAUUACGGUGGUUAAAUGUUAAAAUGUUGAGAAUCCUGUAUUGAAAUUCUCUGCAAUUAACAAAGGUUUGCCGAU